AAAAGAAGAACAUCAUAGCCUCGGAUUUUAUUAAAAAAAGAGUUUCAAACAGAGUUUGUGAGGAAGGCAAAGUAGAAUCAAAGACGAAGUGGUAAAGUGGUGUUAGUGUAACACUAACACUAACGAACGAUUGCUGUGUUCUACUCUUAUUAGGGUUUCAUCAUCACCCAUCAUUCAUGGAGAAGGCACGGAGGGCUUCGCAUGCUGGUUCUUGGUACACCGACAAUCCUACGCAGCUGUCAGAUGAACUCGAAGGAUGGCUCAAAUCAUGUGGUCUCACCAAGUCCCCUAAUGUGCGAGGAGUAAUAGCACCGCAUGCAGGUUAUUCAUAUUCUGGACGAGCUGCUGCAUAUGCAUUUGGAAACAUUGAUCCAACUACCAUUACAAGGGUGUUCCUUCUUGGGCCUUCUCAUCACUAUUACACUCCUAAAUGUGCUCUGUCAACUGCAACAGUCUACAAGACACCCAUAGGGGAUCUACCUAUUGAUUUAGAAGUAAAUGAGGAGCUUAAGGCUACGGGGAGAUUUGAACUGAUGGAUAUGCGUGUUGAUGAAGCCGAACAUAGCAUGGAAAUGCACUUGCCAUAUCUUGCUAAAGUAUUUGAGGGGCGACCUGUAAAAAUUGUUCCUAUUUUGGUUGGAGCUCUUAGCGCUGAAAAUGAAGCUGUAUAUGGACAGUUACUUUCCAAAUAUGUGGAUGAUCCGAAUAAUUUUUUCGCAGUGUCAUCAGAUUUUUGUCACUGGGGAUCCCGAUUCAAUUUCAUGCACUACGACAAGAAGCAUGGGCCUAUAUACAAAUCUAUUGAAGCCUUAGACAAGAUGGGCAUGGAUAUCAUAGAAACAGGAGAUCCAGAUGCAUUCAAAAAAUACCUAUUGGAGUUUGAUAAUACAAUUUGUGGACGUCAUCCAAUCAGUGUUUUUCUCCAUAUGCUGAGGAACUGCUCCACGAGUAUAACGAUAAAAUUUCUUCGCUACGAGCAGUCAAGUCAGUGCAAAAGUACAAGGGAUAGCAGUGUCAGUUAUGCAUCUGCGGCAGCAACAAAGGUCAAUGGUUCAAGCUCCGAAUGAAAAAAGCCACUUUACCUUCUCCUUUGAUGUUGGGUUAUUUAUCAAUGUUAUUUUUCUCUAAAUUGACUAUUUACACGUUAUUUAAGAUGCAAACAUGAUAUUAGGCAACUUGUUUAUAUGGCUGGCUGUUUCUGUAUACAUAAUUGCCUUAAUGGCAUUUGGGGUCAUUAUUAUCGUCAUCAUAAUCAUAAUCAACACGUGGAUUAUUAGCCUGUCA